GUUUGCUGUUUUAGUUUUAGAGCUAAGAAAAAUGAGAAAGUCGCAUCAAGUGCGAAUGUUUUACCACGGUGAGAUACGAGAUGGAUUGCCCAGGAUAUCGCUAACCCUCUGGACAUUGCUACUCGUAUGUCUGCUGCCAAGUCCAUCGCUACCUGCCAUCGUUAGGGACCUCAGCAAGUGCAUGGAAGGCUCCGUGGAAGUCGAUCCCCAGGACUGUGGCAGCUAUUAUCAGUGCCUCGAUUCGGUCAUCCUGCAUCAGCAGUGCCCCGAAGGAGCCUACUUCGAGGCCAGCUAUGAGGUGUGCGUCAUCGAUGACCAGGGCAUCUGCAAGCCAGCAGCCAGUAAAUGCUCCGAACUGGAGUUGGCAGAGGAUCCCACGGAUUGUGCCGGAUAUUUGCAGUGCAUCGGUGGAUACUUUGUGCAGCAAAAGUGUGACGUUGGCGGUUACUAUAAUCUGACCUCGAAAAACUGUCUCGUGGAUGGGAAUGUUUCCUGUGCGCCCCUGCAAGCGAGGUGCACAGAUGAGCAGCUCCAAGCGAACCCCGAAGAUUGCGCUGGUUACCUGCAGUGUGUGAACGGAGUUUUAGUGAAGGAAAAGUGCCAGAAGGGAAGCUACUUCGAUGUGAGCUAUAACAUGUGUGUUGUAGAUGCGGAUGGCAUCUGCGUGUCUGCCGAGAGUUGCACGGAAGAAGAGCUCCAAGCCGAUCCGAAUGACUGUGCCGGAUACCUAAAGUGCAACGAUGGAGAGCUCGAGGAGCAGAAGUGCGCCAGUGGCAGUUACUUCAACUCCAGCCUCAAGAUCUGUAUUAUCGAUGUGAAUGGCAUCUGUGUGGCACCGCCCGAAAAGUGCAAGGAAGGGGACCUUGAUGUGGAUCCCAACAACUGCGCCGGAUACCUAAAGUGCAUCGAUGGAGAGUUUGUCGCAGAGCAGUGCCCCAGCGGCAGCUACUUUGAUGCCAAAAUAGAACUUUGCUUGAUCGACUCGGAGGGAAUUUGUCUGCCAACUGUGCGAAAGUGCACCGAGGGCGAGAUGGUAGAAGAUCCUGAAGAUUGUGCCGGUUACCAGCAGUGUGUGGGCCAGGAGCUCGUGCAACUAAAGUGUGAUCCUGGCAGCUACUUCAAUGCCACAGCAAGUGGCUGCCUCAUCGACGAGGAUGAAGUUUGUGUGCCCCAGAAGCCAGGCUGCACGGAGGGAGAACUGAUGCAGGAUGCCGAGAACUGUGGGGGUUACUUGGCCUGUGUCAAUGGGUUGUUUGUAGCCAAUAGCUGUGGCAGCGGAGAGUACUUCCAUCCGGGAUUGCUGGAAUGCUUCAACGAUGAUCUAAAAAUUUGUCACAGCAACUGCCGAUGUGGUGCCAAAGGCAGAUGCAUUGAGGGCAGACGGACGGCUGAUCCCCAGGACUGUGCUGGCUAUGUGGCAUGCAUCGAGGGGCAGCUCGUGGAACAGUCCUGCGAACAAGGCAGUUAUUUCGAGACCACACUAAGGGGCUGUGCUUUCGACGAGCAACACAUCUGCGCCACCGAGCAAGAGGAGUGAUUCCUCAUGCACAAUAAAUUAUCUCACAAUUUGCCGACUUCCCCGCCGAUAAUUGGUUCUGCUGCAAUAAAUCUAAUUAAAUG